CUCUCCCUCCCACCAUUGCGCACCCACCCACGUCCUCCCCUUCUCUGAUUUGUCCACAUUUUUAUAAUAUUCACAUCUGACUUUCUGUUUCUCAGUCCAUAUCUCAAUCCAUUGAAUUUUUUUCUUUUUUAUGAUUCUCUGUUCUUCUUCUCUGGACGUGCGUAAGGCUAAUCAUGUCAGACUGCUGCUGUUCUUGGGGUCUCACUGCUGCGACUGUUUCUGGGUAUUGUUGGGUUUUUUCUCUGUGUUCUUGUUUGUCGUGUGACGGCACUGAGCUCUGUUUUUGUUUUUGUUUUUUGAUUUGGGUUUCUGGGUUGAUUUGAGAAAUCGAUUUUCUCAUCUGGGUUGUGCUUGUUUUUGCAUUCCCAUUGGUGAUAUGAAAAAUAUGUUUUCUGAAUGUUCCAUGUGAAUCUGCAACUUCUUACAGACUGUACAGAUUAGGGCUUGUUACUGUUUCAUUCAUUUGGAUUCCUAGAACUUUGGAGAGAGAGAGGGAGGUUUGGGAGCUCAUUUCAGCAGAGUUUUUGCCAAUAUGGCCAAAAUCGAUGUUAUUUGGACUUGUUUCACUUUGUUUCAUCAAAGAAAACUCCUGUUGCUUUGUUAAAAGGAGAAUUAUGUUAGAUAUUGGAGCCUUUUUAAGUCUACAAUUUCAGAAAUUUUCUGUUCAUUUGACCGUUUUCUUUUUGUGAAGUCUAAAUGCCAAUAAUAUGUUUGAUUAAAGGCUGUUGAUUGGAGUUGCAAAACGUCAAGCGGAUGAGAGUUUAAUCUGCAAGAACUUAUGAUUAGAUUCUGCUGCAAUGGGGCAUCUAGAGAAGAAAUGGCUAUUUCCUCUUGUGAUAAGUUCUGUAAUAUGCAUGUUCCUCAUUGCCACUUCCUUCAACAUGGGUCUAAUCUCUUCUCUCCACACAAUCAAUUCAAUCUUCUCAAUGUUCCCAUCUCCAUUGAUCCCGAACCAAAGUAACCCUCCGUUUUUCGCCGAGAGGAAAGUUGGGAAGUUGCCACCGCCACCGCCAGACCCUGCGUCUAUGAUUCCGCGGUUCGCUUACUUGGUCUCGGGGUCGAAAGGGGACUUGGAGAAGCUGUGGAGAACUCUCAAAGCGCUGUACCAUCCAUUGAACCAAUACAUUGUUCAUUUGGACCUGGAGUCACCUCCAGAGGAGAGGUUGGAGCUUGCUUCAAGAGUGGCAAAUGAGUCUAUUUUUGCUGAGAUUGGGAAUGUUUUCAUGAUCACCAAAGCAAAUAUGGUCACUUAUAGAGGACCAACAAUGGUGGCUAAUACUCUCCAUGCUUGUGCUAUUCUUCUCAAGAGGAGCAAUGAUUGGGAUUGGUUUAUCAACCUCAGUGCCUCAGACUACCCUCUCAUCACUCAAGAUGAUCUUCUCCACACAUUCUCACCACUUGAUAGACAACUGAACUUCAUUGAACAUACAAGCAAGUUAGGAUGGAAAGUGAGUAAACGAGCUUUGCCAUUGAUGAUAGACCCUGGAUUAUACAAAACAACCAAAUCAGAUAUAUUUUGGGUCCACCCGCAUCGAGCUCGACCCACGGCAUUCAAGUUAUUCACCGGAUCAGCAUGGAUGGUUCUGUCUCGUUCAUUUGUGGAGUAUCUCAUCUGGGGUUGGGACAACCUUCCCAGAACACUUCUGAUGUACUACUCGAACUUUGUGUCCUCCCCAGAAGGCUACUUCCACACUGUGAUCUGCAAUGAGCCUGAGCUUGCAAAAACUGCAGUUAACCAUGACUUGCAUUACAUCUCGUGGGACGUGCCGCCCCGGCAGCAUCCUCACACCCUCACCGUCAACGACACCCGAAAGAUGAUUGCCAGCGGUGCCGCCUUUGCCCGGAAGUUCCAGCGAGACGACCCGGUGCUGGACAAAAUUGAUCAGGAGCUACUGGGGGUUGAUAAUAGAGGUGGUUUCACCCCUGGUGGGUGGUGCUCUGGGAAGCCUAAAUGCUCAAAAGUUGGAAACCCAUUGAAGAUCAAGCCAGGGUCUGGAGCUCGCAGGCUUCGCGGCCUUGUAACUAAGCUAGCGAAGGCUGCAAAAGUAGGUCGAGAUCAGUGUAAAUAGUCUUUUAGCUAGAAGAAGGAUAUUCAUUCAUUCACGAAGAAGAAGAAGGUAAAAGAUGACAUUUGAAAUUCUUUUCCCCGUGUUACUAUGAUUUUCUAAUCAUAGCUGUCAAGGUUCGUUGGAUAAUAUUAUUAUUUUUUGUUUCUCAUUUCAUUUGUUGGUUUUUUUCUUCGUUUUCCAAAUGGAAAGUAAAAUACGAUUGAAACAUAAACAUGUUUCGUGAUUUGGGAAGGAAUAAUGAAAAUGUUAUCUGAGGAGCCCGUAGUAGAAGUA